ACGUGACUCACGAAUGCCUGAGCUGACGACUCAUCGUCGCGUGGUCACGUGAUGACCUGUCGUCAGAUAGAUUGAUCCAGGAAGGGACGCGCAGUUUCUGACCUUGCGUGUUUGGGAAGGUGACGUGCGUGCGAAACUCGCUAACCCACACCGCUUAGGGCUUGGCCUGGUGCUUAUGUUGACCUCUGCAAUGCCCAGUGCUCAACCAUGUAUCUCCUUUUCCACCUGUUGCGCAGUCACCCAUUCACAGACCUGGUCAAGUAGAGAGCUCCCCAAGAGCAGAGCCCGACGACCGGGCCUUGGGCGGGUUUACUAUGGGAUAUCCCGGGCCGAUGUUGCACCGAUAAUACGGCUUUGUGUGGGGUCCACUUCCGUUUCGGGUGUCCGAUUACGCCGAUAUUAUCCCCGAAUGCGCCGCCUUGUGUGGUUGAGACAAAAAGUGCCGGAACGGUAGAAUGCUGGAGAAUAUUGUGACGUCUAUAACGUGCCUAUCACGAAAGUUUGAACCAGCCGCGUUCUGUUCAGUGUUGCUGUAUAACUAU